AUGGAUGUCCGCCAAAUUGAGGAACGUUGCGCCGAAUUAACGAUCGCUGAAGAAGAAAUCAAUGGGCUGGAGGCCCCAGAUCCACCAAUCCCUAUUGUUGAGGCGUCGCAGUAUAAUCUGAUAGGGCGUUUUCUCACCGAUCGCACAAUCAAAUUCGACCAUAUGCAGCAAGUCAUGGCAUUGGUCUGGAGGCCGGUGAAGGGUAUGUGUGCGGUGGCUUUAACGGAGGACCUAUUCCUCUUUCAAUUUCCUCAUCCGAAAGAUCGACAGAGGGUGCUCGACGAUGGACCCUGGUCUUUCGAAAACCACAUCCUUGUGUGUGAGAAUGUGCCACCGGAGAUGAGGCCGGAAGACGUCCAGCUAGACUCCAUUACAUUCUGGGUCCAAAUUCACGGUCUGCCGGCGGUGUAUGUCACAUCUGAUUUUAUCGCCAAAAUCGGAAAUUAUGUGGGGAGUUUCGUCGCCAUCGACCCAGGUAAUUUCGGGGGAUCGUUGAAAAGUUUUCACAGAAUCAGAGUCAAGCUGAUGAUCGCAUCGCCGUUGAAGAGGCGGAUGAAACUUCUCCGCAAAGAUGGUACUAUACAGUGGAUUACGUUCCGUUAUGAACGUCUCAGCAUCUUCUGUUUAUGUUGUGGAUUGCUGGGUCAUACGGACAAGUUCUGUUCAAAGGUGUAUGAGGAGGGCAUUCAACCUGAGGCGUUCCCAUUUGGCAGCUGGAUGCGGGCAGGACAACGUCGUCAACCAAAACCGGUAGGUGCGAAGUGGCUGUUACCUUCUUUACCACAGCAACCAGAACCGCACACCCCACCGGGACCAUCGCCGCUUGAAUUGGUGGCAAUGGAGGAGAAUGUAGGACUGCAGGGUGAAUUAAAGAGACGUCGGGAGGAGGAUGAGACGACAAGUGAUGUGCGUGGGGAGGACGUGAUGAUGACAGAGACUUCGAAGAAUCUGACAGAGGCGGGUCUGGACAGCCAGGCUCGCCCAGCCAAAUGA